AUGGUUCCCGAGAUUCCCACAAUGUCUACAAUGCCGUGGUGGCCGCGGUACUCACGGUUCCCCUCGUACCCACCUUGUCUACAAUGUCCGACGUUGACGUGUCCAACAGUGACAACACACCGGGGUCAUUUCACUGCCUCAAUCACACUGCACUGCCUCUGUGCUGGUGUAAGCCACGACAUUGGCAAUUACAAGCCGAGCGUCACGCCUGAAGCCAUGCUAGAGCGUCCUGGAUACGUUUUCCAACGCCAAUGGAGCUUCCCAGCGCCUUAUGGUAGCAGGAUGUCAUUCUGCGCUGAAGCUCAGUUCAUCAUCAGUACCUGCAAGGGCAUGGCCUUGACAGCCCUUCAAUUCUCACUUUCAACCCCAGCGGACAAAUGCCGACGCAUGGGGCUGUUCUUUUACAAGCAAAGCAUCCUAAGGGCGUACGUUCAGUUCAAAAGCCGCGACAACGUCCAUGCAUCAGCGCCCAGACAACGAUCGCACGGUUCAGGCUAUGAGCAAUGUAUCCUAGUGCGCCCCCCACUUUGCUGCCGUUUUGUCCAAUUCCAAGAAGGCGACAAUGGCAAGUCCGUCCUUUCUUUUGACGAGUCGAGUGCGCGAGGUGGGGAACCGUGGCAGCCAACUGCGAUGACUCUUGACUCUGAGGAUCGGUAA